GACAGAUUCUAUCCGCUCAGCUCCUAUUAACGCUGCAAGCCAAAGCCCUAAGAAGGCAGGUGAAAACAUUCUUGGAGGGGGUGGGGGCUGUGGCUGAGUAAAACUUGUUGGGGCAUCUUCGCCUCUGAUUGGCUGGUAGACCUGUUAGUGGAACCAACAGCUCUUCUUUACAAUCAGAAGUGAGGACACUAUUGCUGAGUAGCCCACUAGGUCUGGUACUGCCAAGGAGUUGGGAUGGGCAAAAGGGUCUGCGGGUCAGGUCUGUGGAUUGGGGCUUACAGUUUGGGGCUUGCAGAGGAAUGGUUGUGGUCCUCCUUAAAGAAAUGAGCUGCACAUAGAUUUAGGGGAUGGGAGCUGGCUGAACUGUCUAACCCAAGGCACCUGAUGUCUGUGCAUAACAGGUAAGGUGGUCCUAGCUUGACAAACAGCUGGAAAGCUUGCAAGGUUGGUCUUUUUGGUUCGGACAACAAAAUAAUCAUAGAAAUAACAAAACAGCAUAGAUUCAUGCCAAAGAUCAAGAGGUAUUCACUCAAGAAACAUUUAUUUGGUGGUCCACUGCUAUACACUUAUGACCAUGAGCUGCAACAACAACUUGCAUCUAUACAGAGCCCUUUACUGGGGGUAUCGUCCCGGAGCGCUUGACAGUGGUGAUGUCUGACAGAGGUGGAGCUAUCAGUGAAGAAACAGUUAAAAGCCAAUCCAUCUUGACAAAAUUCCAGUCCUUGUUUUAUUCAGCAUUCUGUGGUGAGAUUUCUUGUGUGUGCUGAUGCAAACACAAACUUACUAAACUGACACCUCUCACAGUCCUAACUAUUGAUGUUUUUGGAGGCCUGAUCCAACACGCUGCUUCUGGAGCCUUUUUCGAAGAAUUGAGCAACUGGUCUGAAUUUUACGGUUUCUCAACUGUUGUCCCAGCUGAAACUGGCUGACUGAGCACAGGAAGCAAGGCUGCAAUCUAUCAAUCUGGCUCGGUGCCACCAAGCAAAAGGUGGAUUUAGAUUCUCAAUAUUUUCUCUGGUUGCGGUAAGUAUUUCCCCAGACAGAAGAUUAGGAAGGCACAUAAGUGGAACCAGAGGGAGAUUUCCCAUCUUUGUGAUUUCAUGCCUUGGAGACUAAGUGUAUUAGAUGCUGUAGCAUUGCGCAUUGCAACCUUGUUGUAACCCUUUUGAACCUUGGGAGGCAACUACAGAAUGCUGGACAGUUUUCUGUAAAGACAGUGGAAUUUACAGCAAACCUCAACACAAACUCAAGCUGGAGCUCUCUUCAUGAACUGUCCACUACUAGAUAUCCAGCCAUGGAGUUGGGCUUUGAUGUGGAGAAUCUGAUUGAUCUGAGUUUUCUAACGGAGCAGGAGCAGGAUUUGAUUGUCGCAGUUCUGUCUCGAGAUGCUGAGCUGCGCUCACUGGAAGAGAACCGAAUCAGAAAGUUACAGCAAUCAAUUUUGGAUCCCGAACAGCUGAAAAUAGCAUCAGGUGAAUGGUUCAAGGAUGUGCGAGCAAAGCGCCACAAAGACCAGCAGUUUGGAUCAGAUAUUGUCAGAGCUUCUAUCCGAAAGAGAAAAAAGAAAGGUGAAAGGGAGAAAAAAGUGACUAUUAAUGAUGAGAAAAUCAUUAUAAAUGAACAGGAGCAGCAGAAGCCAUUGAGCGAGAAAAUUCCUGAGAGUAUCACAGUCAACAGCGAAAUGGCCAUUACAGAACAGGAUAACACAGAUGGAAAGGAUAGGACAGACUGGGAAGAAUUACAAAUAAAUGAAAGGGUAGAGAAGCAUGGUGAUAACCUUUCGACAUCAAAAGAAAAAAAGGUGACAUCCGAGUCCCACCAAAAUGAGUUUGGAGACGAUAUUGAAGCUGAAAUAACAGUUCCAGGGGCCAGUGAUGAUCUGGUAUGCAGAGAGAAGAGCUUGGUGCCAGAUAUUCAGAUUCAGGACGAGUUGAGUGAGGAUGACGUGUGUUCAGAGCCAAGCUCGGGGACAAACAAGGAUCUUGAUGUAACCAACUCACUCUCCAGUCUUCAGUCCUCCAAUCUCAGUGGCAGUAUGAUGAGCUUAUACAGUAAUGUUGACUUUGGGUGUGUUGAUGUCAAAGGUAGUAUUCAAUUCUCUCUGCAUUACGACAAUGACAGUCAGGAGUUUCAGAUUCUAGUGGAUCGAUGUUACGAUCUUGCUGAAGCCAAGAAAAAACGUUCUGAUCCAUACGUGAAGAGUUACUUACUCCCAGACAACACCUCGGAAAGCAAACGCAAGACCUCUGUGAAAAAGAAAACCCUAAAUCCGAUAUUUAAUGAUUGGUUAAAGUACAAGAUGGAGAAAUCUGAGCUGCAGACUCGGACGUUGAAUCUCUCUGUGUGGCACAAUGACAGCUUCAGACAUAAUAUCUUUCUUGGAGAAGUAGAGAUUCCAUUGGAGUCUUGGGAUUGGAGCCACACCAACCCUGUAUCGCUCAGCCUACAGCCACGGAUUGCGAUUGCACAAAGUACAAUCCAGAACAGAGGACAACUUUCCUUCUCACUGCAAUUCAUCCCUAGAGCAUCCAAAGAUCCGGGAAAGCCACCCUCGGGGGAACUUCAUAUCUGGCUGAGAGACGCACGGAAUCUCAUUCCACUCCGAUCCAAAGGUGUCAAUUCCUUUGCCAAAUGUUACAUUCUCCCAGAUACCAGUAAGUCCAGCCGACAGAAGACCAGAGUGAUUAAGAAAAGUUUGCACCCUGUUUAUAAUCACACAAUGGUGUAUGACGGUUUUGAGACCGAGGACCUGAGAGAGAUUUGCGCUGAGUUCACGGUAUGGGAUCACGAUGCUUUCUCUACUCGGCUGUUGGGAGGAGUGCGGCUCAGCAUGGGAACAGGCCUGAGCUAUGGGAAAUCUGUCACUUGGAUGGAUUCAACUGAGGAAGAGAUUGCGGUCUGGCAGAACAUGAUCUCCAGACCCCUGGAAUGGGUAGACUCCAUUCUUCCAUUGAGAUCCAAUGUGGACCCAGGGAAAUAAUUGCAACUGUUCAUCAGUUUCACUCACGCAGAAAUUUAAUUAGCGAAUUUAAAUUAAUUGGUGCAGAAGUAACUUCUCAGCGAAAGAAUGUUCCUAUUAAGUAAUGAGAUUGUGGAAUGCUUUCAGGAAAACAAUUGAUGGGAGGGGAAGGGACGAAAUACUACAGUGGUUUGAGAAAACGUAGCUCCCUUGUUAGACCUGGGAGUGAUUAUAAUAAUGGGUAUUUGCAAACAGCCUUCAGAAAGAGCAAUAUUAGUUGGAGAUGCAAUGACUGCUUUCAAAGCAGAUACAGAUUUUGUACUUGGAACCACAUCUUGAUGCUCAACAUUAAAGGGUGUAGAGUAAAAAUAGGUUUGCUUCACAAUCAUCAGGAUAUCCACUGUCCACCACUGGGAGAUACAGUGAGGACAUAAUGUCUGCAUGUAGCACACGGUGAAGCCAGAUCGAACCAAAUAGGCAGAAAGUACUUAAUAAAUUCUAUCUUGUAAAAUCUUGCACUGCUGAGUGAACGUAAUAUCAAUACUGUACAGUGAAGGAAGAUUUGGGUUAAAAUUUAACCUGAUAACUUGAAACUUGAAACAUGAACAAUCCGUGGUACUUUUUGGUACUAAGAAUAGGUUAAAGUUUUAGAUAGAGUGGAGGAACAGAGGAACCUUGAUGACAGAUACACAAAGUCAUUGAAGGUGGCUAUACAGCCAUAAAGCCAUAAAAAACAGAAUCCUUGGUUUUAUUUCAAGAGACAUAGAAUACAAAAACAAAAAUAAUGUAGAACAAGAUCUUGCUCAGUCCAUAUCGUGCAAUGUUGUGUAUCCACACACUGACGGCACAUGUAUCGUGGAGGGUGAUAAUGGUAAAAAGAUUAAUUGUGCUCAUGCAGGAUUUAGCCAAGUCUUGAGGCUGAACCAGCAGCUCAAAGUAGUAAAUCAUAUGAAGCCCUCGGAGAUGUCCUUUCUACGUGAUAAGGUGCUAAACCAAAGCAAGGAUUAUUGUUAUAAGUACUGUAUAUAUUAAACAAUUUGUUACAGGUUGAACUUGGAAAUUUCUGCUGCAAACUGCAGUUCAAGCAGAUUCCAGCAAAUGUUUUAAAAUAAAAUUAGAUGCUUGAAAAAGAGGAAUAUUAAAGGGGGUGGGGAACAAGCAAGAGACUGGGAUAAGGUAACUCAAGGGAAAACAACAGUGCAGGCGUGAUGGCUUUUUUUCUGUUCUGUAAAAUUUAGCAAUUCUGCCGACCAAAAGCCUGAACAUUUCAUGUAAUAAAUGUUUGUUAAUGUACUAAUAUGCCAUCUUUGCGAAACUAAAGUGGUCUUUGUUCUGUGA